AUAUGUUGUACUGCUAAUUGAUGGGCUGGGCCACUUUAGCUACUCAUUGUCUCCUACCAGGUCGCUGAGAGUCUGUAACGGGCUAGCUACACUACUAGCGAGAGUCGAUACACACCCCUCAUUGCAACCUCUGGUAUACACCUCCAAGUUAUGCAGAGCAAGCACAUUUCGGUGCUAGAGAGCGCGCAUCACGAGCUCCCGAAAGCAGCAGUUUCAGAGAAAACCCCACAUACGACCUUUUUUCGACCUAUACCUGACGAUGAAUACUUGGUAUUGUUUGUGGAGCGAUUCAUGGCUCGUGAGUGAGAUGUCGUGCAGACAGACAGACACACACGACAUCUACCGUAACCCUCGCUGCGCAUGGGCGCCGAGAGUUAAUU